CUAGGCGAGAUCACGGGCAACCGAUCCAUCAAGAUGUCGUGGACUGCAGUCGACUUUCACCAGCGAAUUGAGCUGCCGUAUGGUAUUGCUCUUGUAGGAUGGCCAACUGAUAUUGCCCGCACAAACCUGAGCAAGAUCGGGGGAUGCACCAUCCUCGAUAACUUGCUUACAAAGUGGCGAACAGGCAAAAUGCGGUUUGAGCUUCUGGAUCCAGCAAGGAGACCUGUCAGGCUUGAGCUUCGGCGACACACAAGGAGUGAUGCCGGGCACUCGCAUGUGUUUGCUGACAAGAGGGAGCCAAUGAAGCGGAAGCGACGGGGUCACAAGGUCCCGAAAAGCGCACUGAUCAUUGAAAACUCUGAUGCCAGCUCGGAUGCAGAUGCCGCUGCCGGUGGGAAUAUCGGGAGCCAGACAGAGUCAGCUGAUGAGGACGAGAGCCAGAUUUGCAAACGGCGCAGGCUGGAUCUUGAUAUUGUUGACCAAUAUGGCAACUCAUCAGCUCCGGAAACGAUCAAGGAUUUCUCAUCUGAUGCCCGGUCGCUUGCCGAGACGAUUGAGGAUGCCGAUGACUGGGACAUUCUGAUAUUACCUAUUGCGACAUUGCGAGGGUGCGCAUGCGAUCAGCACGGACACAAGCAUCUCCGGUACAUCGAGCUUGCGAUUGAGCACUGUGCAGAGGUUCACAUCUUCCUUCCGUUUGACAUCCUGCUGCACAGGGAGGAUGUUCCUUUCGAUAACAUUGAUGCCUGCAUGCAGCAGCACUCUGCGCUCACGUACUCGGUGCUCAAGCACUACCUGCCCGCCAACGCUGAUCCAACUCCACUUAUAGAUGCUCCUGUGCGCGGCGUCGUGUCGCCCGAGGAGCGGGCAGGCCUGACGCCAUCCACUUUUGUGGCCCUCACGGCCCUUGAGCGCCUCACGCAGGACCUCGCACGCAUUGACCUCGCAGCAUACUUCGGCCUCCUGUGGAGCAUCGCGCUGGCCGACUGCGCACGCAUCGACCUCGCCGUGUACUUGAACCUCCUGUGGAGGGUCCCGCUGGGCGUGCGCCCGGCCGACCUUGUCCAGGAGCUGCUCCUCAUCCUGCGCGAGCGGCUCGCAGGCGAGGGAGGCAAGGACACUGCCCGGCGCGACAUGUACAAGGCCACGCUUAGGACCGCGGACGCGUGUUCCUGCAGAGGUGGAAUUCGCAGAGGCGUCGAGCCUGGGAGGAUUGCACAGAGCGUGGUAGAAGACGCUGAAUUCCGGGAGCAGGACGCAGCGCGAAGAGCGAGUGCGACGAGGGAAUGUGUUGGAGUGCCCGGGCGCUUGCUGUGUAGAAGACCGUCUCUUUAUACACCCCUGGCCAUGCGCUCUUAUACGCCCCUGACCUUGCGCUCUCUCGUCGUUUCCAACGGGCAUUUGUGCCACACAUCGCCAUCUGCGCCCGAGACGAUCAUCUGGAUGGCGCCCGGGCACAUCCUCGUCCUCGCGUGCCACACCGAGUCGGCGCUGGCCAUGUCGACCGGCAAUGCGGCUCCGGUGGAGGCACCCCGCGCGGGAAAAUAG